AUGUAAAAUAAACCAUUAGACUGGAUCUGUAUUGGAUGCAAAAACUUGAAUUACUCAUUUCGUAAAUACUGUAAUCGAUGUCAAACUUUCACUAGAGAUGCCCCAGGCACUAAAUUCAUUCCAUUAGAACAACCAAAUAUAAUCAAUUCAUUGAAACUCUCAGAACCUGAUCUAACAGGUAGUGGACAUAGUACAACAGAUAGUGUAGGGAGUAAAGCUCAGGAUCAAACUGUCUUUCAUUAAGCUCUUUUCUUAGAAAAUUUAACAUAAAGUAAAUAAGAAACGGUUAACAAGAACUUUAAUUUUAUGAAGAUAUGUACAAUCUGCAGAACAGAAAAUUAUUUUUAUCAAUAAAAAUGUAAGUAAUGUGGAUUUAGAAUUUCAAUAUGA